CAACUCUCCCCGUCAUAGAAGGCAAAGAGAGCCGAGCAGCCCAUUCUUACUUUCUUCCUUUCUCUGCCACGGGCACAAGCAGCCCACUGCAGCACCGAGAAGUGAUCCUUUACAGCCCGAGCACUGCUUCACUCCAUUCAGGCCUCCAUCCUGUUUAAUAAUUAUCCAUCUGCAAGGCCGUGGGAAGCCAGCGAGGUUGAAGGCCUGAGACUCAGUGGGACAUGUUGACCCUGCGCUUUGGACAACAUUUCAUCAAGGCGUCAGCCGUGUUCUUGCAGACAGAGCUGUCUUUUGCUCUGGUCAACAGGAAGCCUGUGGUGCCCGGACAUGUGUUGGUGUGCCCUCUGAGACCGGUGGAGCGUUUUCGGGAUCUUCGGCCAGAUGAAGUGGCAGACUUAUUCAACACCGCUCAGAGAGUCGCCAACCUGGUGGAGAAGCACUUCAAUGCCACCUCCCUCACCAUCGCCAUCCAGGACGGCCCUGAAGCCGGACAAACCGUGAAGCACGUCCACGUCCAUGUGCUGCCCAGGAAGGCGGGGGACUUUGAGCGGAAUGACAGCAUCUACAAUGAGUUGCAGAAGCAUGACCGAGAAGAUGAGGACGUUCCCUCCAAGUGGCGAUCAGAAGAGGAGAUGGCAGCAGAAGCUUCAGGUUUGAGGAAACUGCUCGAGAGUCCCUAAAUGGAUGGUGUCCAACACUUCAUGCAUGGGUCAGCAGUGGACUGGACUGGAAGAUUACAGAAACAUCUGACAAUAAUGUGGAACUAUAACUGUUUGUCACUGCUACUUGGCUUUGAUGUAUUUCUGUUCAAAAAUAAAAUUGCAACUAAA